AUGCGGAACAACGGUAAGGCAAUUUUAUGGUUUCUAUUGUACAGAACAUGAAUUUAUGUGUAAUGGUAUGGUUUAUUAUUUAUUAUUUACCGCAAGUUUUUGAGUCCUUGAAAACUCCUCUUUUAUGGAUUUUUUCCUCCAUUUGACUGUCAUUGUUAUCUGCACACAACAGAUCGUAAAAAAGCAAGUCCUAACUAAAGCACUUAAUGUGUUUGAAUUUCGGUCAGAACAAAGCUCAAAGGUUCUGAACAAACUCUGACAAUAGUUUCGUGCGUGUUGUCCCAGUACGUAGCAAGACCAUUUGCAGGCUGGUUUGCUGUUUUUUUCGGUGCUAUUCUCUUCAUUCAAAAUCAUUCUUUGAAAGCAUCUUCAAAUUAGUAAAGGCACAAAAGAUUUCAAUGCCUGGGAAGUAAGCGAAAACGACGAACCCGUGGCUUGCUUACAUUUGGCUGUCUCUUCUCUUAUUUCUAUUUCUCAUUAUUUCUCCUCCUUCUCUCUCUCUCUCUUUCUCUCUCUAUCUCUCUCUCUCUCUCUCCCUCUUUCUUCCUUUCUUAACCUGUUUCUACGUACAAAUUUGUUGAGCAUCAAUAUUUUUAUAGCAUCUAGUAAAAUAAAUAUCCGUACGCAUUCAAGUAGACAUUGACCCAGCCCCACAGCAACGCUUUGCAGCUAUGACGAGAUAGCAACAAUCAACGACGACACUGACAGUGACGUAUUGUUUAGCUUUUCGGCGUGCGGGAAACCGGUUUCCAAAUUUUUUGUUUAGUGCAAACAGUUACCUACAAUUGAAGGCGGAGGAUAAAUAUUUAGAUAAAAAAAGCACAUACACACACACACGCAGUUACACUUUUUGAGUUUUAUCCGGUGUAAUUGGAUUACGCCAAAAGGCCUUAGUGCAAAAAAUCAUAAACAACACCUACAAUAUGGCUAAAAACCGUGAAAUUAUUCAGCUGCAUGUAGGUCAGGCCGGUGUGCAGAUGGCUAGCGCAUGCUGGGAGCUUUACUGUCUCGAGCAUGGUAUCUAUCCGGACGGGAUGUUUUGUGACUGUUCGAUAUACGAAGACUGCAGUGCGUUCUUUAGCUGUGAUCGGUCGGGCCAGUGUGUACCGCGUGUAUUGCUGAUCGAUCUGGAACCGUCCGUCGUAGAUGAAAUACGCAUCGGCACAUACCGGGAGCUGUUUCAUCCAAACUCACUGCUCACUGGGUGUGAAGAUGCGGCAAGUAAUUUUGGUCGCGGACAUUACCGUCUCGGUCAGACGAUGAUCGAACCGGCGAUGGAUCGGAUACGUAAGCUGUGCGAACACUGCUCAUCGCUGCAGGGUUUUAUGAUGUUUCACAGUGUUGGUGGUGGGACGGGUGCCGGUUUGGGGACGCUACUGCUCGAACGGCUCGGUGAGGAUUUCGGCAAAACGUCCCGCAUGGAGUUCGAUAUCUUUCCCUCGGCGAAGGUUUCACCGGUCAUUGUGGAACCGUACAACGCUAUACUUGCGUCGCACGUCGCUAUGGAGCACAGCGAUUGUACGUUCGUGCUAGACAACGAGGCACUGUAUGACGUGUGCGAUCGGAACCUGAACGUGCGCGAACCGACCUACACCAAUCUGAACCGUUUGGUAGCACAGGCCGUAUCGUGCAUCACCGCAUCGUUACGCUUUUCCGGCGCGAUCAAUGUCGAUUUGCUCGAGUUCCAGACCAACCUGGUACCGUUUCCGAGGAUACACUACCCGCUGGUGACGUACGCUCCGCUCGUACCGGGUAGUACGGCAAGGCACGAACAACCAACCACGGCUCAGCUUACGUACGAAUGUUUUGAACCAUCGAAUCAGCUCGUUAAAUGUGAUCCUCGUACGGGACGGUAUAUGUCCUGCUGUUUGCUGUAUCGGGGUAGCAUUGCACCGAUCGAAAUUAAUCGUGCCUUGCAGGAGUUGCGUUCGGACCGUUCGGUUCAGUUCGUUGAUUGGUGUCCGACCGGGUUUAAAAUUGGUAUAAACUUUCAGGCACCGAUCGCUGUACCCGGUGCCGAUUUGGCACGUUCCGAUCUAGCUUGCUGUAUGCUGUCGAACAAUACUGCCAUCAAAUCGGCCUGGACGAGGGUCGCGGAAAAGUAUCAACGCAUGUACGAUCGAAAAGCAUUUUUCUAUCAUUAUCUCAGUGAAGGUCUCGAAGAGCAAGAUCUAGCCGAAGCGAUCGAAAACAUUCGCACGCUUAUAAAAGAUUAUGAGGAAAUUGAAAAAUAACCACAA